AUGGCACCAUCCAGGCUAUUAAGAAGAGUGUUACUUCCAGGGAGGUCUCUCUGCCUUCUCCCAGCCACCCUCUGUGGAGGCAUGGUUGUACUUGCAUGGUUCUUCCUGGACAUGGUCCUUGCCGACAGGCUCAUCCCUCCUGUGCAUGCGAACGGGCUGCAGCGGAUACGAGAGAGCUGGAAAACGCCAUCCGAUUCCAUUACAGCGCUCUCCCCUUGGCCCAAGGACUUUAGCCAGGGCGUCACACCCGUCCAGUGCCAUUCACAUAACGACUACUGGCGCAAGGUGCCACUGUUUGACGCGCUUUCCGCUGGUUGUGUGGGGGUAGAGGCAGAUGUCUGGCUAGAUAAAACGUCCAAUGACCUGCUGGUAGGCCACCGAGCCUCGUCCUUAUCAGCCGACCGCACUCUACAGUCUCUCUAUAUCUGGCCCCUGACCACAAUCCUUACCCGCAUCAACGAUGGCGCCAACUUUUCCGUCCCCAGGUCCGGAGUUUUCGAGGCCCGUCCCAACGCCAGCCUGACACUGCUUAUUGACGUCAAGACCGACGGACAUACUUCGUGGCCCGUGGUGAUGGAUCAACUAGAGCCCCUGCGUGCCGGUGGCUGGCUAUCAUACUGGAAUAGGACCGGCGGUGGGCUGGCCUGGCGGCCGAUCAUAGUAGUGGGCACUGGGAAUACUCCAUUUGAGCUGGUCAAUGCCGACGCCGAAUACAGGGACGUGUUCUUUGAUGCCCCACUGGAUCAACUUGCAGACAACGCCAGCUUCACCGCCAACAACUCAUACUACGCAAGCGCAUCGUUAAGGAAAGCUGCUGGGAUCAUCUGGCCCUGGGGCCCAAGCAGACGCCAGAAAGAGACCAUGAAGACGAUGAUCGACACGGCCGCGGCAAGGGGAUUGGUGUCCCGAUUCUGGGGUAUACCCGGGUGGCCGAAGUAUCUACGGAUGAAGCUCUGGCGAUUCUUGGUGGAGAGCGGGAUUGGAACACUGAAUGUGGACGAGUUGUUCGAGGCGGCGCAAUGGAUUCGGAAUGGAAAGACCUUUAUUCAAAACUUCUGUACUAGCAAGUUGCAUCUGUGUAUUUAG